CUGAUUAUCUAAACAGUCAUGGCGGAGAAAGGAGAAACAGGGUCUUCUAAACCAACAUUAACAGCUGCAGAGAAACAGCUGUACCGCAGCAGGCAGGAGCUCAACUACAUGAAGCAACAGGCGGCUCGGAUCCGCAGCAGAAACCUGAUGACCGGCCUGGUGAUAGGAGCGUUUGUGGUCGGCAUGUUUAGCUACACCAUCCUGUCCGUCAAACAGGAGAGAGUUAUAGACGAGCUGGAUGAUGAAGCCAGGAUCCACAUCACCAGAGGGCCACGGACCGGAGCCAACUCCUGAAGACACUGAACAUGAACUGUCCUGGACUUUCUGCUUCCUGGCUCAAUGCAGGGCAUUACAUGUGGCAUCUAUAGAGGGUGACGAUUUCAUGUCUGCAGAACAACUUACAUAUUACCUGACAUUUCACUGUAAGUUUCAGUAUAAAAAUAUAUCAAAUAUUUAUUUAAAAUGGAUGAUUUUCAACUAUUUUCUGCUGCUUUGAACAUUCAUGGUAACAUACUUUGAAUCUUGUGUAACCCUGAUAGUAAGAAGACUACUAUAACACCAAACUCCAUUAAAAAAAUCUUGUAAUUUAUUAUCAUCUAACAUGUCAUCAAAAAUACAGUGUGUCUCUGAUAAAUCACCUUUUUCGUAAUUUAGCAAAUUGACAACCAAUCCAUUAAGUUGCUCUUGUUAAACAAUAUCAGCUCUUCAAAUGAAUGCUCAUCUCUGUUGUCUGUGGUGUAAUCUGGUGGAAAUAACAUGAAAAUGUACCUUCACAUUUGAUGUGUCUGGUAUUUGUCAGAUUACCAGGCACACAUGUGGUGCAAUGGAUUUAAGAGUGUUUUUUUUUUCUAUAUUAAAAAAAAUAUAUAAAUAAAAAUGUGUAUAUUCUG